AUGAAGGAGCACAGGAUCGCUACAUUCAUAACGUGCAUAGGACAAGAUGCUCUUAGAAUAUACAAUGCACUGCCAUUUGCAAACGAUGCGGACAAGAGGGACCUGGAUAAAGUUCUUGAAGAAAUGGAGAAGUAUUGCCUCGGGGAAACUAAUGUCAUUUAUGAACGUUUCCGUUUCAACCGGAAAGCUCAAAGAGAGGGUGAGUCUUUUGAUCAAUUCUUGACAGACCUCAAAGAAUUGGCCAAGACGUGUCAAUUCGGACAGAUGCAUGAUGAGCUACUGAGAGACAAAAUAGUAGUAGGUGCUAGAGACGACACAUUGAGAAAACAACUACUACAGAAAAAGGAACUUACGCUAGCGACAUGUGUAUCAGUCUGUCGAGCAUGCGAAACGACAGCUGCACAUAUGAAGGAGAUGGGCAACAAUGAAACGCAACAGGUUCAUGCAUUCAGAGCCAAACAGAAGAGCUUUGGCAAGCAACGCAGACAAUUGCCACGUGCAGAAAAGUCAACACACAAGGAAUGCAAAUAUUGUGGUAAGGACCACAAGUGGGGCAAACAGCACUAUGGGAAGUUAUGCAAAAAAUGCAAUAAGCAGAAUCAUUUUGCACAGAUGUGCAGGUCAAGUGCGAAAUCCGGAACAAAGCAAGCAGCCGUCCACAUGAUGCGAUACGAUUCCGACAGCAUGUAUGAAGACAGCAGUGAUGAUCAACGCUGGAGCAAACAGCAAGUAGUGACAUUAACGUUGACGCCGCGUGAUGACGAAAUCAACGUGUUAGAUGGCAGAAGAUAUGAAAACAAGUUAUGUACAACGUUGACAGUUGCUGAAACGCCUAUCCGAUUUCAGAUUGAUACAGGUGCCACAUGCAAUGUCAUCAGGAAACAAGAUAUUCCACAUAGAAGAUUGAAUGACUUGCAGCAGACAACACAAACACUUACUCAAUACAGUGGAGCAGAGAUUAGACCUCUUGGGAAGUGCAUACUGCGUGUCAAAAAUCAGAAGAAUGCGCAAACCUAUGCUGUUCAGUUUUUGUGGUGGAUAAUGCAGCUACUACAUCCAUAUUAG